CUCCAUCAGGCUAUGACAAUGGCAUCAGCAACAUACGAUCCAAAAUCCCUUAACGAUGUGUCCGGUAUGGUCGCCGUGGUCACCGGAGGCGGUACUGGUCUGGGUCUGAUAAUUGCCAAGACUCUGGAACACAAUGGAGCAAAAGUCUACAUCACUGGCCGACGAAAAGAGAAAUUAGACGAGGCUGCCAAGCAAGCCGCUCACGGCAACAUCAUCCCAAUCCAAGGCUCAACAUCCGACCACGACGACCUCCAAAGAGCCGUUGACCUCAUCACCAGAGAAACAGGCCACAUAGACCUCCUCAUCUGCAACGCCGGCCAAACCUCCUUCGACGACACCCCCAACCCCCGCCCAAAACCUUCCCCCGACUCCUCAAUCCAAGAAAUCCGUGACUACUAUUUCAACUACCGUCCCCACUCCCUCUGGGAAAAAGUCCUAGACACAAACAUCACAGCCGUCUUCGCCACCACAAUGGCUUUCCUCGAACUUUUGGCCGCCGGCAACACACGCCGUUCUUCUUCUUCCCCAACAUCCCAAAUCCUCACCAUCGGCUCCGCCGGCGGCAUGGUGAAAUUCACCGAUACUUUCAUUUACAACGCCAGCAAAGCCGGCGUGCACCAUUUGAUGCAGAAUUUAGGCAAUUUCUUGGUGCACCAUGAUAUUCGGACGAAUGUUGUUGCGCCUGGCUGGUUUCCUAGCGAAAUGACUGUUCCGGUGCAGAAGAUGUUUGAGAGUACGGGUGGGGUUAUGCCGAAGAGUUUGGUUCCCGCGCAGAGGAUGGGGAGGGAGGAGGAACUUGCGGGCACGGUGUUGUAUUUGGCUGGUAAGGCUGGGGGGUAUUGUAAUGGGGUGGUUUUGUGUGUUGAUGGGGGGGUUAGGGCUAAUCAUGCGUAGCGUAGUGUAGGGUUUGGGAGAAAGAGGCGGGACAAGGACGGAGGUUGGUAGACACUGGGACUUAUAAGGUGUAAGGUAGAGCAAAAGCUUUUGUGUUAGGUUUUACUC